UGGAACAGAGGAAGGAGGAAGCAAGCACCGAGAGAGGAGAACCCGAGGAGAAGCAGCUCGACUCUCAUUUUACCUCGUCUUACCUUUCAGCUACUUUACCCGAGGAAAAUCAUGGCUCAAGCAGACAUUGCACUGAUUGGGUUGGCUGUCAUGGGCCAGAACCUCAUCAUGAACAUGAACGACCAUGGCUUUGUGGUCUGCGCUUACAACAGAACCGUCUCCAAGGUGCACGACUUUCUGCAGAACGAGGCAAAGGGCUCUAAGGUGGUCGGGGCGGAGUCCCUGGAGGACAUGGUGUCCAAGCUGAAGAAGCCCAGGAGGAUCAUCCUGUUGGUUAAGGCUGGACAGGCAGUGGAUGACUUCAUUGAUAAACUGGUUCCUCUGUUACAAGCCGGAGACAUCAUUAUCGAUGGAGGCAACUCUGAGUACAGAGACACGACUCGGCGGUGUAAGAGCCUGAAAGAGAAGGGCUUGCUGUUUGUUGGGAGCGGAGUGAGCGGUGGAGAGGAGGGAGCUCGCUAUGGACCCUCGCUCAUGCCAGGGGGACAUAAGGAGGCCUGGCCACAUAUUAAAGACAUCUUCCAGAGCAUUGCUGCUAAGGUUGGGACAGGAGAGCCUUGCUGUGACUGGGUCGGAGACGAGGGCGCGGGUCACUUUGUAAAAAUGGUCCACAACGGCAUCGAGUAUGGAGACAUGCAGCUGAUCUGCGAGGCCUACCACCUGAUGAAGGACGUCCUGGGGAUGGACCACGAUGAGAUGGCGCAGGCGUUCGACAGCUGGAACAAGACAGAGCUGGACUCCUUUCUGAUUGAGAUCACGGCCAACAUCCUUAAAUACAAGGACGCCGACGGGACGCACCUGUUGCCCAAGAUCCGUGACAGCGCCGGACAGAAGGGCACGGGGAAAUGGACGGCCAUUUCAGCCCUGGAGUACGGCACACCCGUCACUUUAAUCGGGGAGGCCGUCUUUGCCAGAUGCCUGUCCUCUCUGAAGGAAGAGCGGGUCCAGGCCAGCCGCAGCCUCUCCGGGCCCCAGGGGGUCAAAUUCAACGGCAACAAGGCUGCUUUCCUGGAGGACAUUAGGAAGGCUCUCUACGCCUCCAAGAUCAUUUCCUACGCGCAGGGCUUCAUGCUGCUGCGGCAGGCGGCCAAAGAGUUCGGCUGGACGCUCAACUACGGCGCCAUCGCCCUGAUGUGGCGAGGAGGCUGCAUCAUCCGAAGUGUUUUCCUCGGUAAAAUCAAAGAGGCGUUUGACCGAGACGCUGGCCUGCAGAACUUGUUGCUGGACAAUUUUUUCAGUAAUGCUGUGCAAGACUGCCAGGAGUCGUGGCGCAGAACAGUCUGCGCCGGCGUCCAGCACGGCAUCCCGAUGCCCUGCUUCACCACGGCUCUGUCCUUCUACGACGGAUACAGACACGACAUGUUGCCUGCCAACCUGCUGCAGGCGCAGAGGGACUACUUUGGCGCUCACACAUACGAGCUGCUUUCAAACCCCGGGCAUUACAUCCACACCAACUGGACGGGCCACGGCGGAAACGUCUCCUCUUCUUCCUACAACGCUUAACAACCACCCCCACCUGGUGCAAAAAAACCCAAAAAACAACCACAAAUAAGAUGAGUAAAAGAGGACGUUGCUUGGAAAAGAAGAGCCUGGGUCCCACAUUCCAGCUUCAUAACCAACCUCAGCUUCAUCCUGACUUUUACUCUUCAGAGACCUCUUGCAGUUUUAUUUAUCAAGAAAUGGGACCAUAGCAUGUUUCUGCUUCUGAUCUGUUCUGAUGUAGCAACAAUCACACACACAACAACCCGUUGACCUCAUCUGGACACCAGGCCAACGUUCAUCAGUCGUGUCGGACCCAGCGUUAACACUGGAUUAAGGUGAAGCGUUGCACUAAUCUGUAAAAGGCUAAAUAAAGAUCUCAAUCCCUUUAUAAUUA